CCAAUUCCGUUUUCUACCCCACCACACUGUGUGUGUGUGUUCCCCCCCAAGUCUUUCUCUACCCGUUCUGGAUAACAUCCUACCGCCGACAUAAUGUGUGGUAUCAUUGCUCUGAUUCAGGCGAACCCCUCGUCGUCCGCUGCCAUCGACCUUCAUGAGGCACUGUACCUGCUUCAACACAGAGGUCAAGAUGCAGCAGGAAUUGCCACGUGCGCAACCGGCGGUCGCAUUUAUCAGUUGAAGUCGAACGGUAUGGCCGCCAAGGUUUUCAACGAUGGCGCCAGGGUAGCAGACCUGCCGGGUUCUAUGGGAAUUGGUCAUCUGAGAUAUCCUACUGCCGGGAGCAGUGCCAACGCUGAGGCUCAGCCAUUCUAUGUGAACAGUCCAUAUGGUAUCUGCCUGGCCCACAACGGCAAUCUGAUCAACGCUCCCGAGCUGAAGAGAUAUCUCGACCUCGAAGCCCACCGUCACAUCAACACUGACAGCGACAGUGAGUUGAUGCUGAACAUCUGGGCUGACGAGCUGAGCGAGACGAAGAAGGCGCGUGUCAACACUGAAGACGUCUUCUCCAGUCUCAGCCGCAUGUAUGAGAGAUGCCAGGGUGGCUGGGCUUGCACUGCUCUGCUCGCGGGCUUCGGUCUCCUGGGUUUCCGUGACUCCUAUGGUAUCCGUCCUCUCGUCAUCGGUUCUCGGGCCUCCCUUGACGGUGAGGGCACCGACUACAUGAUGGCGUCCGAGUCGGUCGCCCUCCACCAGCUUGGAUUCAGCAACAUCCGCGACAUCCAGCCUGGUGAGGCGGUCAUCAUUGAGAAGGGUUGUGAGCCUAUCUUCCGUCAGGUCGCUCCCAAGAAGUCCUAUGCUCCUGACAUCUUCGAAUACGUCUACUUUGCUCGUCCUGACUCCGUCAUCGACGGUAUCAGCGUGUACCGUAGCCGUCAGCGGAUGGGUGACCGUCUCGCUGCCAGAAUCCUCGAUGUCCUUGGACCGGAAGUGGUCAAGGAUAUCGAUGUCGUUAUCCCCAUUCCUGAGACCUCUACGACGUCUGCGGCGGCCGUUGCCCGGUAUCUGGACAAGCCUUACUGCCAAGGUUUUGUCAAGAACCGCUACGUCUUCCGUACCUUCAUCAUGCCUGAGCAGAAGACCAGACAGAAGGGUGUCCGCCGCAAGUUGAAUGCUAUGCAGGCCGAGUUCAAGGACCGAAAUGUCCUAUUGGUUGAUGAUAGUAUUGUGCGAGGCACGACCAGUCGGGAGAUCGUCACUAUGGCCCGGGAAGCCGGCGCUAAGAAGGUUUACUUCGCCAGUUGCGCUCCAGAGAUCACACACGCUCAUAUCUAUGGUAUUGAUCUGGCAUCGCCUACCGAGCUCGUCGCGCACAACCGCGACACCGAGUCUAUCGCCAAGCACAUUGGUGCUGACAGUGUCAUCUACCAGACUUUGGAGGACUUGAAGGGUGCCUGUGCUGAGAUUGCUCAGGAGAAUGGGUUGUCCGAGCCACGCGACUUUGAAGUCGGUGUCUUCUGCGGCAACUACAUCACCCCGGUCUCCGAUGGCUACUUUGAGCACCUGGAGAAGCUCCGCGGCGAAGGUCGCAAGAUCAAGGCGCUGGACCGUGCCAAGGAAGCUGUCACCCACGGCUUUGCCAGCGAGAAGGACUUCCGCAUGGCAGCCAACGGUGUCAAGCUGGAUGGCUCGGGCAACAUCAUCCCCGCUCAGGACCCCAGCGAGUCGGAGGUGCCCCAGGUCAGCGUGUGCACCACCCGCAAACACAAGGAAGAGGAGCACCCCAAGGUGAAGGAUCGUAUGGACAUCAGCAUCCAUAACAUUGCUGAUCACGCAUGAUUAUGACAUUAUGGCCUAU